AUGAAAAAUUUAGGUUUUCAAGAUGGAGUAGCCAAAGGAAGAGACCUAUCAUUGCAACAGGGUUUUGAUGUAGGUUAUUCGGCUGGAUUUAACAUGGGUAAAAGAUUGGGAACAGUACUAGGAAAGUUAAGGUGUGAGAAUUCAUUAAAAACGACAAGUUCCCAGACACAAAUUGAAGUUGGAAAAAUUUCUAAAAAAGUUUGUUUAAUAUGUUCCCAUGAAAAUAGUGAAACACCAGUUAAUGAUACAGUUUAUCCUGAAUCAUUUGAAAAAUUAGUUCAAGAACAAGAAGCAUUUAGAAAAAAACUCGAUAAUAGUACAGAUCCUAAUUUGUUAACAAUAAUAGACAUAUUUUCAAAAUAA